GAGGAGACGAAGGCCUGUCGAAAGUAAAAGUAGCGGAAGCAUUUGAGAGCUGCAGGACAGCUCAGGACAGGUAGACAAGAUGGAGUCUGUUCCAGAGCAGCUUCUGGAAGCAGUGGAUGAGCUGGACAAUGACAAACCAAAGAGGCAAAAAAGUGCAAUUACGGCUGAUGAACUGGAGAAGGCCGAUUCAGUGGAUGGAUUGAUGCAGACAAUCAGCCCCUCUCACACUGCAGUCAGUGUUGAUCUGAAGGCUGAAACAGGUGCAAUUGUAAAUUCUCCUAUACUCACUGGAAACAUCAUCCAAGGCUCAGUAAUCUUCAGCUUCAACUCAACUGCUGGUGCUGUCGAGACGCAAAAUGAGGGACAGACCUCUAAAAAACAAGAGGAUAAUGUCUUGCAAAAAAUCCUAAAAAGGCACAAAGACAUUAUGAAGGCCAAAACAGGACGUGUUUUUGAAGGCAAAAAAGACAACAAAAUACAUCUCAACAAAGUGUACACUGAACUCUUCAUCACUGAAGGGGACAUUACAGAUGUUUAUGAUGAACAUGAGGUUCUGAAGAUUGACCGAGCCAUGAAAACGCCCAAAUUUGAGGACACGCCGAUCAACUGCAAUGAGAUAUUCUGUUUAUUGAGGCAAAAGGAGGAGGGAAACAUUGUGUUGACCAAAGGCAUUGCUGGCAUUGGAAAGACAUUCUCUGUGCACAAGUUCAUCUUGGACUGGGCUGAAGGAAAAGCCAAUCUGGAUGUUGACUGUGUGUUUCUGCUUGCAUUCAGAGAGAUUAACUUGAUUGAUGGUAAAGAGGUCAGUCUGCAUGAGCUUCUGCUGGAAUUUUAUCCUGAAUUGAAUGACGUGGAAAACACCAAGUUUUAUAAAAAAUGCAACCUGGCAUUUAUCUUUGAUGGGCUUGAUGAGAGUCGCCUAGAACUGAAUUUUAAUUGUAAGCCAGUGAAAUGUGUGAAUGAACGAUCAUCUGCUGAUGCCUUGUUUACAAGCCUCGUUAAAGGGAAACUGCUUCCAUCAGCACUCGUCUGGGUGACAUCACGACCAGCGGCGGCCAAUCAGAUCCCUCCUGAGUACGUAGGAUUGUUCACGGAGGUACGCGGAUUCACCGACCAGCAGAAAGAAGAGUACUUCAGAAAAAGGAUCAAAGAUGAGACUCAGGCUUCCAAAGUGAUUUGCCACAUUAGGACAUCUCGUAGUCUCUACAUCAUGUGCCACAUUCCCGUGUUCUGCUGGAUCACGGCCACUGUUCUUCAGGAUGUUCUCAUCAAGAACAACGGGCAAGAUAUUCCCUCGACACUCACUGAAAUGUACAUCCAUUUCCUGCUGAUACAGAUGAAUAUAAAAAACCAGAAGUACGAGGAGAAACUUGAAAGAGAUCGCACAAAAGUCUUGGUCUCAAAUAAAGAAAUAAUUUCCAAGUUGGCAAUGCUGGCAUUUGAACAGCUGAAGAAGGAAAACGUCAUGUUCUAUGAGAAGGAUCUAAAAGCAUGUGGCAUCAAUGCAAGUGAAGAGUCCACAGGAUUGUGCACUGAAAUCUUCAAGAAAGACUCUGUCCUGCAUGAGAUGAAGGUUUAUUACUUCAUACAUCUCAGUGUGCAGGAGUUUCUUGCUGCGUUGCACGUGUUCCUCUGCUAUUUAAAGCAGGAUAUGGACGAGCUGGUGUUCUUCUUAGAGAAUGCGCGUCCUAAGAAAGACCAAAUGCUGUACAUUUUGCUGAAAAAGGCGAUUGAUAAAGCCAAGAUGAGUGAGCGGGGGCAUUUUGACCUCUUCCUGCGUUUUUUGCUGGGCAUUUCUCUUGAGUCCAAUCAGAGACUCCUCAUUGGCUUGCUGGACGAAACACUGGACAGUAGAAAAUGCAUUGAUAAAACUAUCCAAUACAUCAAGGAAUUGCAAAACAACGACAAGUGUCCAGAUAAAUCCAUCAACCACUUCUUCUGCAUACUAGAACUGCAGGACAGAACCCUGUACCAACAAAUCAUGAAAUAUCUGAGGUCAGAAAGUGGCCAACCAAAAACGGUGUCCAAGUCUAACUGCUCAGCACUGGUCUAUGUGCUUCUGAUGUCAGAAGAGGUGCUGGAGGACUUCAACCCAAAGGCAUUCAACAGCACAUAUCCCGGAUGCAGGAGACUCGUGCCAGCCGUGAGAUGCUGCAGAAAAGCCCUGUUUUCAGACUGUGGACUGACAGAAACUUGCUGUGAAACUGUGGCUUCGGCUCUCCAGCUAGAAGACUGUCCUCUGAGAGAGCUGGACCUGAGUCACAACUACAGUAUCGAGGCAGGAGUGAAUGCACUUUCUGCUGGACUAAAGAGCCCACACUGUCAUCUGGAGACACUGAGAUUGGCCCAGUGUCAUUUUGGCCAGGACAGUUGUAUGAAGCUGGUCUCUGCAAUCCAGACAAUCUCACAUUGCCUAAAAGAGCUCGAUCUCAGUGGCAAUGAUCUGCAGAACUCUGGACUCCAUCACCUCCUAGAUGGGAUAGAAAAUACAGAAAUAAAACUUCAAGUUCUGAGGUUGAGCUGGUGUAACCUCACUGAGAAGAGUUGUGAGCACCUUUUUUUGAUUCUCAGCUCAGAUGUACCCCUCAAAGAGUUGGACCUGAGUAACAAUGACAUUCGGGAUUCAGGAGUGAGGCUGCUCUAUAAUGGACUGAAGAGUCCAAAUUGUCAGCUGGAGAUACUGAGAUUGGCUGGCUGUAUGGUGACAGAGGAAGGCUGUGAUUAUCUGUCUUCAGCUCUAAGUUCAAACCCCUCACACCUGAGAGAGCUGGAUCUGAGCUACAAUAACCCAGGACAAUCAGGAGUCCAGCCUCUCAAUGACAAACUGAGGGAUCCAAACUACUCACUGCAGAUACUCAAAACUGAUCCUAUGGGUGAACACUUCAUCAAACCAGGGAUAAGAAAGUAUGCCUGCAAUCUCACACUGGAUCCAAACACAGCUCACAUGGAGUUGUGUCUCUCCAACGGAGACAGAACAGCAACACAAGUGAUGCAGAUUCAGCCAUAUCCAGAUCAUCCAGAGAGAUUUGAACCUGUCCAACAAGUGCUGUCUAGAGAGAGUCUGUCUGGCCGCUGUUACUGGGAGGCUGAAUGGACUGGUCCGGAAGGGACAGUCGGAGUGACGUACAAGGACAUCCUGAGGAAAAAUGAUGAUCUUUGUUUAGUGGAGGCCACCAGUCAGCUUGGAAACAAUGAUGUGUCAUGGAAAAUUACCUGUGGAUCUUUUCCAUAUGUUUCUCACGCUACAGAAGACAUUAAUAUAAAGACUCCGACCUCUCGUUCAUGUAAUAGAGUAGGUGUUUAUGUGGACACGACGGCUGGAGUUUUGUCCUUUUACAGUGUCUCUGACACACUCACACACCUGUACACCUUCCUUGCAUCCUUUAAAUAUCCUCUCUAUGCAGCAUUCAAGGUGGAAAGCGACUCUGUGUCCUUUUGUCAGAUGUUGUAAAUUAUUAAAGAUUCCAGCCUUUUUUGGCAUGCACAUUUUUUUUUAUUAAAAUGCUUUAUUUUUCUUUAUGAAACUUGCUCUGAGCUUGAAGUCUCAUUUAAGACUUAUUUAAGUCUCAUUUGUUCACUUAGUUAACCUACACAGGGGCUAUAGACAGAGAUGGGUAGUAACUGAUUACAUGUAAUCUGGAUUAUGUAAUCAGAUUACAAAAAUUAAAUACUUGUAAUUAGUUUAUAUUAAAUUUUAAAAUACUUGUAAUCAGACUACAGUUACUUUAUUGAUUAUUUGAUUGCAUGAUAUUCUCACAGUGGCAGUAAAAUAAUCACAAUAAUUUAUUCUCCCUACUACUUCUUUUUCAUUGUUUAUUUUUUCCUUUCUAAAAAGUCUGCUUAUAUGUGUUAAGAUUUUCCAGGUUUGUGGAAUUGCACACACAGACCAGCCACUAGUCAUGUACUGAUCACUGAAAACUGAGACCCACCACAUUUGAUCACUGGAUUUCACCCCCCAGCUCUUAAUGCAUCGUGUUUUCUUCUGGAGCAUCAAUGAAUGUUUGAACCUUUUUUAAUAGUUGAGUUUGAGUCCCUCAGUUGUCCUCAGUGUGAAAAGACAGAUCUCAAAAUCAUUC